UUCGCUAGUGUAUCCAGUCAAAAAGAUCGAUGACGAUUGAUCGUACCAUACUGAUCGUAACGUUCUUGGUUCUUACGAAAACCGCCGUUUCUCAGGACACUAAUCCGAUGGAGCUGUGCAGGGACGUGUUCGUGAGGUUCAUGCCGUGCAUGGGGUUCGUCGAGGGAGUGUACCAGCAACCUUCUCCAGAAUGCUGCAGAGGCGUGAGCCACUUGAACCACGGCGUCAAGAUAACCCCUCCAGGAUCGAGAGAGGAACAUAGAGAGGUAGAGAGAGUGUGUGUGUGCAUAGAGAUAAUGGCAAAUGCAAAUCACCUUCCUUUUCUCCCCAACGCCAUUAGUAACCUUCCCCUCCGUUGUUCUCUUACUCUCAGCUUUCCCAUCUCCGUUGCUAUGGACUGUUCUCGGUUAAGUGCCAAGAAUCUCGACGCUGAAGGAUUAAAUUAAUUGCAAGGAUAUACAUAUAUAUAUAUAUAUAUAUAUAUAUAUAUAUAUAUAUCCUAAUGGGAAGCCUUGUAACAGCAAUAUAUAGUUAAAAGGAUAUGUACUUGAGUUUAUUGUAAUGGUGCCUAGCUAGUGUAACACAAGUAAAUAGAAUUUAAUUUCCGUAAGUGAUUACACAACCGUUGUUUAUGGAUAAAAGUGGGCAUUGUCCAUUAAGA